AUGGUUGAUUCUAAGACUUUAGAGUUGUUCUCAAGAGAACAAGUCAGAUCACAUAAUGCUGGAGACGACUGUUGGGUAAUCUUAAAUGGAAGAAAAAUCGUCGAUGUUAACAAGUAUCUAGAAGCCAACCCAAUUGACAACAAAGAUGAAUUAGUUUCUCUUGUUGGCCAAGAUGUUACCGAUAAAGUCAGUCAUUUUCAAAAUUUGGAUAAAGAAGACUUCUUGGUAGGCUAUUUAGCUACCGAAUUAGAAGAAAAAGAGCUAUUAUCCAAUAAAGACCAUAAGGUGGAAGUUAAGUUGGUUGAUAACAACAAAGAAGAAUACGAUUCCACUACUUUUGUCAAGGACUUACCAGCUGAGGAAAAAUUGAGUAUUGCUACAGAUUAUAAAAACGAUUUCAAAAAACACCAUUUCUUAGAUCUAAAUAGACCUUUAUUGCCACAAAUCUUAUUCAGUAACUUUAAAAGGGAUUUUUAUGUUGAUCAAAUCCACAGACCAAGACAUUAUGGCCAAGGUUCUGCUCCAUUAUUCGGUAACUUCUUAGAACCCCUAACCAAGACUGCUUGGUGGGUUAUCCCAUUAGUUUGGUAUCCUGUUGUGUUAUACCAUUUAGUCGUAGCCUUACAAAAUAUGAAUAAUGCAUUUGCUAUGUUCUUAUUCUUUGUUGGGAUCUUUGUCUGGACCUUCAUUGAAUAUUGUUUACAUAGAUUCCUUUUCCAUUUCGAUGACUGGUUACCAGAGAGCAACAUCGCAUUCACUAUCCACUUCCUAUUACAUGGUUGUCACCACUAUCUACCAAUGGAUCCCUACCGUUUGGUCAUGCCACCAGCUUUGUUUGUUAUUUUGUGUGCUCCAUUCUACAAAGCUGUUUUCGCUGCAUUACCUUUAUACUGGGCUUACGCAGGUUUCGCAGGUGGGUUAUUUGGUUAUGCCUGUUAUGAUAUGUGUCAUUACUUCCUACAUCACAGUAAGAUGCCUAAGUUUAUGAGAAAGUUAAAAAAAUACCAUUUAGAACACCAUUACAAGAAUUACCAGUUGGGUUUUGGUGUCACUUCGUGGUUCUGGGAUAAAAUCUUCGACACUUAUUUAAGUAACGACUCUCCUUUAUCACCAAUGAAAUAUGAUUGA